GCCCAAAUGGGGGGCGUGACGUUGCGAGGGGCGGGGCUUGGUUGGGACGUGACGUCGCCGCCGUCAGCUGACAGCGCUUCUUGUUCAGAUCCACUUGAAACGCAGAGAUAUAAUUAAACCAUUACAGAAUUAAUCAAAUCUUCCUUCCGAUUAAAGACCGAGCUGAGACACAGGAGCAACGAUGUCGUACGGGCGACCCUCCGGCUCCGAUGGGAGCUACGGCGCGUACCGCCAGGUGCCACGGGAGAGCGGAUCCGCAGCAGAGUUUGGUCGGCUCGCGCACACCGUCGGCACCAACAUCCAGAAGAUCUCACAGAAUACGUCACAGAUCCAGAGGAUGGUGGCACAGCUGGGUACGGUGGAGGACACGACCGAGAUGCUGGAGCGCCUGCAGAAUCUGCAGCACUACACAAACCAGCUGGCCAAGGAGACCAACCAGCAGCUGAAGGAGCUGGGCUCCUUGCCACCCAUGUCCAGCCAGGCUGAGCAGCGGCAGCGGAAGAUGCAGCGCGAGCGGCUGAUGAACGAGUUCUCAGCUGCCCUCAACAGCUUCCAGGCCACGCAGCGGCGUGCCGCCGACAAGGAGCGGGAGAACGUGGCGCGGGCCCGGGCACAGUCACGCGUCACAGAGAAUUUCUUUGACGAGGGGCCGAGGGAAGGCACGUUGGUGAAUCUUGACGGGGAGGAGGAUGAGAGGCAGCUGCAGUCGGAGGAGCCCGCCAUCACGGAGGAGGACCUGGAGGACAUCAAGGAGAGGGAGACGGCGAUUCGCCAGCUCGAGGCCGACAUCAUGGACGUCAACCAGAUCUUCAAGGACCUGGGCACCAUGAUCCACGAGCAGGGAGAUAUGGUCGACAGCAUCGAGGCCAACGUGGAGAGUGCGGAGGUGCACGUGGACCACGCGGAGCAACAGUUGCGCCGUGCCGCCCAGUACCAGAGAGCCUCCCGCAAGAAGAUGUGCAUCCUGCUGGUGAUCCUGGUCGUCAUCGCCACCAUCAUCGCCAUCAUCAUCUGGCAGUCGACCAAGUGAAGCCCCGGAAUUCACGCGCCAACGCCACUCGUGCCGAGGCGGAGAGUGGGACCCAGAUCCCCCUUCCAAUACCCGUGCUCAAUUAUUCGUGGGUCGUACGCAGGCGUUGGCUGCACAGAGCCUAAUUAUUUAAGAACUGAUUUGAGCAAACUGGUUCACUGUACAUACAUGACUUGGUUAAUUACUACGUGGGUAUUUUGCGGUCUUGUUUUCGACUUAUAUCGCUAGUUGUUGUUCGGCAUAACGUCCAACGUUUCACCCCACAUGCUGGGAGCUUCUUCGGGAAGUUAAUUCAGUUCCGGUCGUGCCGGACAGCCCCUCCGACGUGUUUUCAUUUUUGUGCGUCGCUCUAUGCGCUGGUUGCUUCUGACUUCAGUUCCUGUUCAGUUCCUGAACAAGCUCCUGGCACGUGGGGUGGAACGUCCGACCUCGUGCCAAACAACGCGCACUAAAACCUGACAACACGUCGAAGAUCCACGUGAACCCGGUUUGUUGACAUGUGCAUACUCUCGGUACGUGCGUGUGCAAGUGCGCGCAUACCCAGCGAUGGUUACAAGCGACGAUGCUCAUAAACUGAGAUUUUCAACUCACUUCGGUGAGGCAGCGCUGAUGUGCUCCGUAAGGGAGUGCAUGGAUGCGAUUGUGUCGACUUUACACCGCUCACUGUUGACUUCUCGCACCUUCGACCUGAGCACUGUUGGCUGCAUAUGGCGUGAAAGAAGUUCUACAUGCGUACAUACGUAUGUUCUCGCUUAGCUUUGAUGUCUGCUGAAUUGCAUUCAAAUCAGUUCAGGUUCCCUGCUAAGUUCGCCGAGUAACCAUCCUUUAUUUUUGCAAGCGAGUCUCCUCCCGCUUGUGAACGUCGCCAUUAGUCCUGGAACACGGCAGAAUGUUCAGUUCCUUACAACGGUGUUUUACAGUAUGGGAUAUUCCGUGAGAAAGCCAAACAAAGCGGCAAGUCGAAUAAGGUUUCUGUGUGCCCGAAAGUUUCUUAAAAGUAUUUUUUUCUCAUGAACACAUUUUUUUAAAUCGCGCAGAACCGUGAAGGACAGCCCGGGACGCACGGCCCAGCUGUGUGGCUGCUGGGGUUGUCGUGACCUGGCGCUGCCACGAUAGACCGGUCGGUACAAGGCCCACGAUAGUCGCAUCGUCGCCCCUUUCUGCAAACUAUAUCCAUGUACUGUCACUGGUUGUCACCUGCAAAUAUUUAUGAAAUGAAAUAGCAAAAGUACAGUUGAUAAUGCUCUAAAUAAAUAGCUAUUGCUAAAUAUAUAGCAACAAGUUUUUUCGGAGUAACUGACAGCAUGUCGGUUAUACGAUGUCACGUUCGCACUCCAGGUAUUUAUUUUGCCGUGUAACGGACAGCGUGUGCAUUAUGAGGGGUGCAGAUUCUAACGUUGCAAUGAGAAGAGAAGGGCUAUGGUAGGAUUACAGUUGAGUGGACUGCAGUUGAACGUUCAAAGUAAAUACCUAUUGGUACUGGUGGCACAGUAAAGCACAACACACAAAACAAUAGAAUUGUGAAAUGCAGUUACAAAGCUGUGGAACACUGGUAUCGCGAUAAUCAUCGUAUCAUGAAAAUAAAUAAUAUAUUAUCGUGAAAAAAUACAUCGCGGCAACCCUCGUAGCUACGAGAUAGCCGUUUUUUUCUUUUUCAGUUGCGUCUUUGAGUGGUUCCUAAAUACUCCGUGGUCCCGUCCCCCUGACCAUGUCCUUGAGUCGGUUUGCCUGUGCACCUGUUUGUGUGUUUGUGUGCUGCAAGAGACGGAGUGGCGUGAACUCGGUAGACCGGAUUUAGAUUCUCGGCCGCGGCUGGUAUCAGUGACGAGUGAUAUUCGAAUCGGAACCGAUGUAUAAACAUCAGCACUGGGGAAGACAAAGACGGCUAGGCGUGGCGCUUGCCCACCCCCCACCCCGUUGUACAUUGCGGCGGCCUUGAUAAUUGCUCGCUAACAGCACUGGCCGCAGCAGUCUGGGAAUUUAUAGAGAGACCUUUGUCUUUGUACUGCAAGAGUGACCUCGGCACAGGAGGCAUUUCACUAAUUGCAACAUCAAGGCCAUGUAUGAUGUUUUGUUACUUUUGGUUUGUCAGUGGUUUCUUUGUUCUGUUUUUGUAUGGUUGAAACAAAUCAAAACCUUGGCCCUGCUCAAGUAACAUUGGAUGGUGCUCAUCUCAAUUGGCGCCUCUGAGCCAAAAGUAGAAAUUCCAUAUUCCUAUGGCAGGGGCCUUUUAAUCCAAAGGACAUGCAGUACUGCUCGAAGGCUUCCUCUUUGCAGGACUUGAUGCCUGGGCCACAUUCACAGUCCAGUCAGCCUGAACGGUCAUGAGAGAGAGGUAGCCAAAGAUGUGGACUUAGUGUUGUCACCUCUACUGGUUUUUCCAGGUUCAUCCUCUUGCUUGUGUAACUGUCCUGGGAAAGUCUUCCUGGGAAUUAAUUGUGCUGGUUUUUUGUCGCCACUCUCUCAAGACAACGCAUUUACUUGUAGUUCUCUGUUCUUGUAUUAUGAGAUAUUCUCCCCAUCAAUAUGUCCCAGUUUUAUUGUAGCUAAGAGGUCGUGACCCUAUUUGGUCCUGACCUAUGACCUGAGAUUACCAUAAUGCACGUCAGCAGCUCUGUCCUGUGUUUGUGCAUUAACUUAGCCAGCUUACCUCCUAGCGUGCGACGGGUGAACGCGAUCGCAAGUGAGAGCUAGAUUCCGCGUUGGUGAUGUGUGUAUGGUCAGUUAUUUGGGAAGCUCUUAUUACAGAAGGAAAUUACGGUUUUCAAAUAGCAGUGGAGAUGGAGUUGUGAAUGUCGAAACUAUCUCUUUUUCCACUGCAUAACCAAGCCGUGCUGGAGCCAGGUUGAUUUUCCUCUGCAGAAUCUGAGCUGUGCCACUCCUGUCACAUGUGCAUUCGUAUUUUUUUUUUAUUUUUACCGCAAAAAAAUGUACAUGUCAUGUAUGCUGAACGUCUUUCGCACCCUGUACGUAGCCAACCACACUCAUAAAAUAUUAAUAACCCCUCCAUUGACCCCUGCUUGACUCCGGGCCAGAUUGAAAUGUUUUUAGAGACCAGGGUUUCACUGUAUGGUUCUGGCAUGGCUCAGAAAAUAUCCAGUGGAAAACUAGCCGUGCCGUGAUGGCCCUGUGCUGGCUCGGCUCGGAUGUGCCAGUGGAAAAAGGGCUCGUAAGGGCACAUUCGUGUGUAAUGUGUUUUGAUUUUCUUGUUGCUGACACUAUAAUGCCGUAGCACUACGCAAACGCUGUAAGACAUUUAAUCGCACAUUUAAGUUGUGUACGCUUGUGUUAGUGUAACGUUACAGUUAGAUUUUAACACUGCGUUACCCCGUUAAGUUAUUACGCAUUAAUGCUUGAGUGUACGAAGGACAUGUGCUGUUUCAUCAACGCUAACCUUUAAAAAUAAAAUGUGAAUGCUGUAGAA